AUGUUACUUAAGCCCGCAACGCCUCUCACAAUUCUCUUGCUGGUCUCCUUUGCACUGUUGUUGCUCUCUUGCCUGUCAACCCCCGUCGUCAAAGGAAUCCCGCUCGCCACAUACAAUAAUGUCGAUUACGGUGUCUUUGGCUACUGCCAGGGUAACACGUGCAGCAAGAUCCAAGUUGGAUACUCAACCCAUGAUAUUACUUUCAGUGGCAGUGACUUUAAUCUCCCUUCGAGUACUCGAAAGUCCCUUUCUGCUAUUCUGAUCGUUCACCCGGUCGCAGCCUUUCUGAACCUCAUUUGCCUCGCCCUCGCAGCGGCCUCGCACUUCCACGCCCCAUCCCAUUCGCCUCGCUUCCUACUUGCCCUCCUCAUUCUGCUUCUGCCGACUCUUCUGGUGACUCUUCUUGCGUUCUUGGUAGACAUCUUGCUCUUUGUGCCCCAUUUAAAUUGGGGCGGAUGGAUUGUUUUGGGAGCUACCAUAAUCCUGGUCAGUUGUGGGGUUGUGACAUGUGCCAUGCGUCGCACUCUAGUCAGUCGCAAAGCCAGGAAGCGUCGAAUUGCCGAGAAUGCGGAGAUGAGUGGUGAGAACUAUCGCAACCGCCAGAAUGCUGCAACUGCUGCUGUGGCCGCCAAUACGAUGGCGGCCGAUUCUCUUCCCGAGACUAAGGAACCCAUAAUCACAGCCUCGUCCAGUUUGGAACCUAAUGUUGCUACUUUCCGCACGACCACACACGAUAGCGAUGAUGACCGCACUCCGUUAAACUCAAACAUAGGCUCUCGCGAGCAUGUGCCAAUGCAAACUCAAUAUUCCCAGGCUCAAUAUCCUGAUGUCUAUAGUGCCACGGCUGGUCCUGGCGGACAACCCCGGCGCAACGUUUCGGAUCCUCGACUUCGUCCACAGUACUCUGGCAAUAGCGUGGCCUCGCGACGCGGUGGCACUGCUGCUGGAUACGCUCCACGUGGUCGAGGUGGAUAUCAGCCGCGGGGAGGGAAUUCGUAUGGACAAGUUGGGACCCUGACUCGAGCACCUGGAGGGACAGGCGGCUAUCUGGGACCAGUCCCCCCGCGUGGUCCCCGUGGAGGUCGUGGCUCCCGUGCAGGCAUGGGCUAUCAUCACCCUCCUCGCCCCAAUCGCAGCUUCGAUUCAAAUAGCCAAACCUCCGACCAGCCUUACGACGCCCAUGCCAUUCCGAUAAACCAGCCAUCUUCGGGCCCAAUCGGCAUGGCCAUCUCUCCAGAAACAGUAGGCGCGGCCAUUGAGCUGAUGCCCGCGCGGUAUUAUGAUGUGCAUGACUCGAUGAUCAGCACCGAUUCACAACCCCACGCUCUUGACCCUCAGAUCAAUCGUCCCCUCAGUCCAACCAGCUUGUACAGCCGAACUGAAUCUUAUGUCCCUGCACGCGCUGGAUGGGGCCCCAGUGAUGUGCGUCACGCCAUUUCACCUCGUCCCUCUCCUGGCCCUCCUUCUCCUGGAUAUCCCCCACGCCGUUCUCCUCAGCCCACUCUCUCACCGGUACCCGCCUUGAAUGUUUCGCGCGGUGCCAACUACUAUGAGGAUGCGGAACCUCGAUUCUCUUCAGUGCGACUGUCUGAAGCACAGAACGACAAGCUCUACCCUCCAAGUUUGAUGCCCGGAGGUCAAUUUUGA